CUGAAUCCAGAAGAGCCGUUAAAUACGGCUAAAGCUAUUGCGGAUUGGGGGCUUAGCUACGUUGUUCUGACGUCUGUUGACAGGGACGAUCUGGAAGACGGCGGUGCAUCGCACAUUGCAGCUACGGUGCAGCAUUUGAAGAAGGAAUGCCCAGCAACGCUGGUGGAAUGUUUGGUACCUGAUUUUCGUGGCCGCUUGGCUAGCGUCGAAACAGUUCUUUCGUCCGGACUGGAUGUUUAUGCUCACAAUAUGGAAACAGUGCGCCGGCUUACACCAUGGGUGCGGGACCCGAGAGCCACCUAUGAUCAGUCGCUAAAGUUUCGAAACGAGGUUGUAACAAAGACUUCGCUGAUGCUUGGCUUGGGUGAAACUGACGAGGAAGUUCUGGCCGCAAUGCGUGACUUACGUGAAAUUGGUAUUACUUCAUUUUCUUUUUUUGUUAUUGAUAGUUUGCCUUUAAUUAAACUCUGACG